CUUAACCCAAAUACCGGCCUGUGCCCUUUUCCUCCGGUCGAUUCUAGCAGGCUGGUUGAUCCACAGCUUAUUGGUUCUCUUCUUAGACUUUCCAGAACUGUCAAAAGUAGUGCUACCUCUCUACUCAGAACUUGCCAAGUAGAUUUUUAUUCAGGACAAAGUCCAAUGGAUUUACACAGAUUCCGAGGAUUUAUCAUGG